UUAGCUUUUUAAUUAUUACACAUAAUUAUUGGAAGUGGGUGUGUGAAUAGCUACAAGUACUCAACAGCUCUUCAUAAUCUAACCAGUUGCAUAUAAAUUAUUGGAGAAGAUGCUUCUACUCAGUGUGAUAGCAAUAGCGCUGCACUGCUGUCUACUACAGCUCAGUGCUGCCCAACCCUUGAAGCUGAUAGUUCUUGUGUCCACCAACAGCAGUGAUGAUGCCACCACUCCACUGUGGGACAGAGGAGAGGAGAUAGUACCUGGAGCAUUACUAGCAGCACAAGAAGUUAACAAUUAUAUGGAUGGAUUUACUGUAGAGGUGGCACCAGUCCUAGUGGAGUCUUGCAAUGUCAAUGAUGCUAUUCUAAAGGUUGUACGUGAGCUGGUGUAUAGAGACACUCCAGUGUUGGGGGUUGCUGGACUAUCUUGUGAGAACGUGAAGACUGCUAUUUCAUCGCUUGUCGGUCGAAACGAAGUCGGCAUUAUUCAAUUAUUUGGAACAACUCUAAGUCCAGCAAUACAUCAAGUGAAAGAUAUUUUACAUCAAUUUUCAGUUCUACCCAAUCUUGACACACACAUAGAGGCUUUGGUGGAACUCAUGGCACAGUUAAACUGGAAGAAAAUUGGUAUAGUGAUUGGUGCAAGUGAGUCCAGUGCUGCUGAUGCUUUUGAAGAAAGAGUUACAAAGCAAUCAUUCCAAAUUAAAGUAGAUCUACGUGUGCAAUUAGUUGACCAAAUUGAAGAUUCAUUACUGAAAUUGACGUCAUCUACAGCCAAGAUAAUAGUAGCAUUUCUGUCGCCUGUAGAGGCAUCGGUACUUCUGUGCAAGGCAUUCAACACGAGCAUGACAUGGCCGGAAUAUGCGUGGAUAUUACCGGAAUUAACCGUCAAUGAAAUGGACCAUUGCAACGAUGGCAAUACUAACAUUCUAAAAGCAAUGGAAAAUAUCAUCUUUUUUCGGCCUAAAUUUGUGCCAAGUAAUGCUAAUACUGCCACCCUUGUUUCGAAACAAACGUAUCAGAGUUAUGUGCAAAAAUUGGCUUCGUUUUCAAACAAUUCAUUCAACCCCUUUGCAAACUUGGUGUACGAUAUGGUGUGGGGCCUCAGCCUGGCCCUCAAUGCCUCACUGCAGCAGGGGAAUGUGACCUUACCAACAAACUUUAUUGGAAACAUGAAUCAAGACAUUACUGAAAGGAUGGAAAAUGAACUCUUACAAAUAAACUUUUCUGGUGCUUCAGGUGAUUUUAAGUUCCUACCAGACAGACAGCUCGAGAGAUCAGUUGAAAUGUUUCAAGUUCAGAAUCAGUCACUUGUUUUGAUUGGAGUGAAGUGUACGGCUUGCAAUACCACCUUUACUGGACUGAUCAAUCAGCCUAUACCAGGAGAUACACUCAAGGUCAUGUAUGAACUAAUCCCCAUUCCAGUCAUGGCUACCCUAACUGCUCUCACAUUUCUCUGUGUCCUCUUUCUAACAGUUGAACUCGUUUUGUUUAUUUGCUACUGGAAUGAACCAGAAAUACAAGCUUCAAGCAGAUUACUAAGUCUCUGUAUUUUCGUUGGAUGCUACUUGAUUCUAAUCGGCUCAUUAGCUCACACCAUCAGCAGUGGGCUAACGACUGGACCUUCUGUAUGCAUCACUAUAUCAGUAUCAGCUACGAUUGGAAUGGAUCUCAUACUAGCUACAGUGUUGGCAAAGACGUUACGCAUUGCGUAUAUUUUCGCUAGUUUCAGGAAAACUGGUAAAAUGUGGUCAGACACUCAUUUACUGGGGAUGGUUUUGGUGAUUGUCGCUGGAAAAGUAAUAAUUCUAAUUGUGUGGAAUACAGUUGACUUUUAUCAGAUUGUGGAUGUGAUGGAACUGAAGACAGUGUCCGGAGGUGUCCCACAUUACAACGUGUACCAGGCCUGCCAUUCAGAGCAGCUGGGGGUGUGGCUCUUCCUAGAGUUUGCGUAUAGCAUUGUCAUCGGUAUUGCACUGUCUGUUCUGGCGUACAAAACACGGAAGAUAAAGAGAGCAAAUUAUAAAGAUACUAAAAAGAUCAACAUUUUUAUUGUUUUUCUAUUCGCUUGGUGUAUCGUUUUCCUAGCAUUUUGGGGAAUAUUUCGAUUUAUUGGAGCCAGAGAUGCGAGUACCAUUCUUGCCAGUGUUGGGUUCCCAGCUGUUCCUCUGCUGUGUCCCGUGUUUCUCAUCAUUCCCAAGAUAGUCCCUGGAAUUAAACGCUCUCUUAGCUCAAGAACACCAGACUCUGUUCUGUUUAGUCGACAUACACAAAUCAGUGUUAUUUCGAAUUCAUCAACUAUAUAAUUAUUAGUGAUUUUCAUUCAUUAUAAUUAUACAUGAUGUUAUAAUAAUUAAUUUUGUAACAAAUUCAUAAGAAAUUAUUAUUGCCAUAAUUAUUUGAGUUGUAUGUUAUUAUUAUGUUAUUAUUUAUUGUUUUUGUUGACGAUGCUGUGUAUUCUUUUGGCAUCUUCCUUGA